UAUGGGGGCACCGUGAGAGGAUAACGUUCACAACCUUUCGUUCCCAGAAUACCCCCACUCCAUGUUAUAUCCCCAUUCUGCCCCCACGAUGACGAAAAUUUCUCAAAUGCCCCCACAAAGUUUCCAAACAUUACUCCCUUCCGCUCCUCCUCCCCAGAUUCUAUUCCUCAAAUGCCCCUCCCCCCUCCCACCGCCUCUGUACGGCCGAUUCCGGCUGCCGGAGCUCGAUCCUCCGACGUAUUCCGACGAUCUCGAUGGAACUUUCACAAUCCCUCUGUCCUUAUUCCAAUCCAAUUAUCGAUGGUCUUCUUUCUGAUCCGUUCGACUUUGAAUUUUUGUGCAGUUUUCCUCGAUUUUUCUCCCAAUUUAUGAUCCUCUUCGUUUUCCUCGAUCCCUCGAUUGCUAUGAAGUAACUGAAAUUGGAUUCGGAUCCGGAUUCUGGGUAUAGGUGGGAGAAUUUUGGAUUAGAGAGAGAGAGCUAGAAUUAGGGCUAGGCCUUCCCAUAUUUGGGUAUGGCGGGAGAAAAGGCGAAGCUCCUCUGUAGCUUUGGCGGCGAAUUUAUAAGCCAGCAGGGGAAGCCCUUCUAUGUAGGGGGAAAAACUAGGCUGGUGUCGAUCGAUCGGUCUGUAAGCUUCCGAUCCCUCCUAUCGAAGAUGUCGGAGCUCUACGAUGCCGAUCCGAGCUCAUUGGAUAUCAAAUUUCAGCUCCCCGACGGCGGCCUCGAGUCGCGGCUCGUGUCGGUGGAGACUGAUGAUGAUGUGAGGAAUAUGAUGGAGGAGUUCGAUUCUAAUCGGAAAAUUCCAAUCUUUUUGUUCACUGAUAAGACUCAAAACACGGACGAUGAUGAGAUUGCUGUCGAAGACGAUGUGCCUUAUCUCGAAGCAGCUGCAACAGAGACCGUCAGAAACUACAGAGAGAUGACAAGUGUAGCAGCUGAAGAGCCACUUGAGAGCCAAAGUGGUCGGAGCACUUCGGCAACAUCUGCCAGAAGAGAUUAUGGUAGACACUCAUUAGUUGGUCCAAGCAUGUCUGGAGAGAGAUUUCGAAGAGAAUCACAGUCAUUAGUUGUUGGUCAGGAAUACGAGGAUGUGCAGACAUUUCGAAAUGCACUGACGAGUGCUGCCAUUGCCGCUAAUUUUGAGCUUCACAUGAUCCGGUCAGACCAGCGUCGUGUUACAGCCAGGUGUGCAGCAGAAGGAUGCAUGUGGCGUGUGCAUGCAUCAAAACUCCCCCAAGUCAGCACAUUUAGAAUAAGGACCUUAACACCAGAGCACACUUGUGUAAGAUCAGAAGAUGCUGGCCACCGACAGGCAACUGCAAAGUGGAUUGCCAAUUGCAUAAGAGACAAGCUUCGGCAAAAUCGAAACUAUAAGCCAAGGGAAAUUUUGAAUGAUAUACACCGGGAGUAUGGGGUGCUUAUUACAUACAAGAGGGCUUUCCUUGGCAGGGAAAAGGCAUUGGAAGAGCUAAGUGCUGAGCCAGCAAGGAAUAUGGUUCCCAUAGAGGGCAGUUAUGAGGCUAUCAUGGAGAACCAUUCAGAAGUUCAAACAUGGGGUGAGAUACAUGAUCCCCCAAGAAAGAAACGGGCUUAUAGACCCCAUCAACCCAAGGAAGUGCGACCAUUGCACUGUACUCGGUGUAAUCAGAUUGGGCAUAAUAGAAGGACUUGUAUGGGAGCUGAAUCAAUGCAAGAUGGACUCAGUUAGAGCAUAUGUAUCAGCAAGAUAGCCUGUUUCAGUAAAGUUACAAUAUAUAGAUGUUCCAUGGUCCUCAGCCUUCAUAUUGCUGGUGUGAUGAUUAUUCAUGCUUCCAAAAAGCUACUAAUAGUCUUUAUAAGCAUUCUUUGAGGUGGAGACUAUCAGCUUGUAUCCAUUCUUUCUUUCCCUCAAGACAAUUAAAUUAAAUAGUUUCAGUAACUGUAUCAUAUGGCAUAUGUACAUUCAGCUACGGGAUAUAGACAACAGUAAAGAAUGUUCUGCAGUUAUUAUAGUUUGCUGUAAA